AAUAUAUGGGGUGACCAUUCUUGUAGUGCCAUGAAAAUCAAGAUAUUAUCAAGUUUCAUUGGCAUUUGAGGUUGCAGAAAUGCCUUGUUUUUCCAGCAAAUAUCUGGUUUCGUUUCUGGUUUUGCAUCUAGUCGCAGGGAAUGGCUUUCUUGUCGGUAUUAGAUCCGUGCUGGGAGUUGACAGUAACGCUGUGCAAGCAUUUUUUUCACCAUUUUCAAGCCCCUUGAAGGCCAACAGUGUAAAAGAUGUGACACUUGGUAUGGACCAGGCUUACUUAAAUGUCACCUGGGUUGACAGGAAUAAUGUGCAUCUUUUUCAUCAUGUUUACGGUGUGUCUGAGAACUGUUAUAAGUGUCCUCUUCAAAAAUUAAACAUAAUUACAAAAUACAGCGUAUCGCAGGGAUUUAUAAUGGAUACAAGAUGGCCUUUUAGACUUCUGGUUAAUACAAGUCCUAAAACUAACCAAAGCUGCAGUAUUACAUUUCAUUUUGGUGAAUCUGGACGUUACCACUAUGAAAUGAAACUUAACAUUAACAUGCGACUCACCUGCUCUAUGGUUGUAGACACUGAACCGGACAAUAGCAAUAUACCUAUCUUAGUUGCUGCUGCCAUAUUGUUCAGUUUAGCUUUGUUAACAAUGUUUAUAAAAUGGAUAAGAAGAACGUAUCUAAAAGCUUUAAUUCCAGCAAUGUAUUCAAACUCUCAUCUUGCCUCGUUUGUUUCUAAGGACUUGGGUCGUGACAGUCAAACGCAACCACAAAGCAGUGAAACAGUCACCCAGCCUGCAAAGAAACGUUUACAAUCCUUGGAUACCUUCAGAGGAUUAUCACUGACGAUAAUGGUAUUUGUGAACUUUGGUGGUGGAGGAUAUUGGUUUUUUGAACACUCGAAGUGGAACGGUCUCACUGUCGCGGAUCUUGUUUUUCCAUGGUUUAUAUUUAUCAUGGGAGUUUCAAUGGCGAUUUCGUUUCGAAGUUUACGAAAGAAGAAUGUUCGAAAAAUUCGUAUUUUUCUAAAAAUAAUACGACGGACAUUGAUCCUUUUUGCACUUGGCUUGCUCUUGAACAAAGGAGGUGACUUGAAUUACUAUCGUAUACCUGGAGUGCUACAAAGAUUUGCCUUCUCGUACUUCGUUGUGGCCACCUGUGAGUUAUUCCUACGUCAUUCAAUUGAUCUCGCACCUCAGAGCGUCUGGUGGUACACGAUUCGUGAGGUGAUUGAACUGUGGAAAGAAUGGAUAGUGAUGUUGAUUAUUUUGAUAAUUUAUUGUGUUGUGACGUACGCCGUUCCCGCACCAGGCUGCCCAACUGGAUAUGUGGGACCUGGUGGGAUAGGCGAAGGAUAUCCACAGAGCGAGAACUGUACGGGAGGGAUAGCUGGGUACAUUGACAGAAAGCUGUUUGGUGAGAAUCAUAUUUAUGGCCACCCGACAUCAAAGAAGUUGUACCUGAGCACCGUACCGUAUGAUCCCGAAGGAGCCCUGGGGGCGCUGACAUCAGCAUUCCUAACGUUCCUGGGUCUACAGGCUGGUAAAAUAAUCGUGGAACAUGCUGAGCAUAUUGACCGAGAGAGAAGACUGAUAUUAUGGGGCCUGAUACUGGGUUUUAUUGCAACUGGUUUUUGCGGUGCUUCCAAGAACGAAGGACUAAUUCCGAUUAACAAGAAUUUAUGGUCUGUGUCUUUUGUUCUCAUAAACGGAUCGUUCGCCUACAUUUUACUGGCGUUUUGUUACUUCGUGAUCGAUGAUAGAAAAUGGUGGAAUGGAGCGCCUUUCAUUUUUCCAGGAAUGAACUCAAUUUUAGUGUAUUGCGGUCAUGAGGUUCUUCAUUCGUUUUUCCCUUUCAAUUGGGAGCUCCACCCACCCACCCACGGGAAGAAAUUGGCCAUGAAUGUCUGGGGAGUGGGUUUGUGGGUACUCAUUGCCUACUAUUGCUACAAAAUCGAUUUCUUCGUCAAGAUCUAGGCUUAGAAAAAAAUACAAUCCAGGAAUAAAAUGUAUAAGGUAAUAUAUAUCUGCAUAUGUAUGUGAAGAGUCUUUUUUAUCAUUAAAAUCAUGAGGUAACUGGCUUCCCUCAUUUAAGCAAAUAUUGGGAGGAUAUUGUUCUGACAACGGCACACAAUUGAAUAAUGCACUCGCAAAUGGAAUACAGCCUUUAUAAUCUGAAAGUGAAUGUAAUUUAUAAAUUGUUUACUUUGAAAUAUAUCAACAGCGGACGACGUGCAAAAUACGUGUUUGUGUUAAGAUAUCUAGACACAGGACUAAUAUUUUAU